GAGGGGGGUCCGGGGCCGAGUCCCUGCCCUAGGGCGGUGUCCGCAUUCCGCGAUGCUGCCGGCGGUGGCGGUCGCGGCGGUGGUGGCCGUGGCCGUGGCCGUGGUGGCCGUGGCCGUCCCCGCGCUGCGGCACCGCCUGUUCCGUUCCGCUCUGCGCCGCGCCGGGGGCCGGUACCGGCGGCGGCUGGAGGCUCUGGGCAGGGACGUGCGGCUGAGCCAGGAGCGGCGGCUGCGGCGCCUGCUGGGCACCGGGACCGCCGGCGGCUCGGAGCAGUUCCAGGAGCAGCAUCCCCUGGGGCAGCCCUGCCGGGAAGAAGCGCCGGGGGAUCCGGUUCCCCCGUCGCGUCUGUGGGCUCUGCUCCCCGGCUGCUGGGACCCCGACCCCCGGCUGCAGGGGUCCCUGCUCUACCUGGACGCCCUCGGCGCCGCCUUUCCACGGGCCCUGUCCCGCCGGGGCACGGCCGUGCUGCACUGGACCCCUGGCUGUCCCCGCGCCCCGGCGGGGUGGCCGCUGCCCACCCUGUACUGCACCCCGGCCGCUGCGGGCACUCUGCGUUCUCGGGCGGCUGCGCUGCGGCUGCAGCUGCUCUUUGCCCUGCGGCAGCGAGCGCUGCAUGUGCUGGAGGCCGGGCUGGCGGCCGAGCUGCACGAUGCGCUGCUGGCCCUGCGCACGGAAUGGCCCCAGCUGGCCCAGGAGCUGGCGCUGGGCAGGCUGAGCCCCCAGCCCGGGCUGCCCGAGAGGGUGCGGGACCAGCUGCAGGCGCUGCUGACCCCUGAUGCUGCCCGGGCAGCCGAGCUCCGUGCUGAGUGCUCCCGUGGCUUCGAGGGCAUCGUGUUGCGUCUGUGGCCGCAGCUGGAGGUGGUGGUGGUGAGGACGGCGCAUGGUGCGGAGCGGCUCUACCGCGACUCCCUCUGCCAGACCGACUGCCAGGGACUGCCCUUCUACUGCCCCUUCUACCAGGCAGCAGGAGCCCUGCUUGGUAUAAACCUGUGGCCAGUGGAGCCAGCGCCCCAAUUCCUGCUGUGCCCUGACUGGGCUUUCUGCGAGUUCCUGCCCUGCCUGGCCACCAAGGAGCCACGGACGGUGCUGCUGGAUGAGCUCUGGGAGGGACGCGAGUAUGGGCUGGUUGUGACAGCUCAGCCAGGAGAGUACAGGUGCCGUACUGGGGAGGUGCUGAAGGUGACCGGCUUCCACAAGCAGUGUCCCGUGGUGGAACCUGUGCGCAGGGAGAGCCAGACACUGAGUGUGCGAGGUGAGAGCAUCCCUGAGGAGCAGUUCUGCCAGAGCCUGGGCCGCACCCUGAGGAUGUGGCCAGGUGCUCGCCUGAUUGACUAUGUCUGUGUGGAGAGCAGCCUGCUGGGUGACUCUUCGGGACCCUGUGCCCCCCACUACGAGGUGUUCAUGGAGCUGCAGGGCCUGCGGGACCUGUCAGAGGGGCAGCGCUACAGGCUGGACCAGUGUCUCCAGGAGGAUUUCCCCAUCUACAAAUCCUUCCGCUUCAAGGGCAGCAUUGGGCCCCUGCGCCUGCACCUGGUGAGGCCCGGGAGCUUCACCCGGCUGCGGGAAGCUCUGGGCUCCCCCAUGCCCAUGCCCAGGGUCCUGCACCAAGAGAAGCUGCUGCGGCUCAUCCAGGGAUCAGUCAUCUCAUAGGGCAGCCUAGGGGUCCCCCUUCCACCCCGGGGUUCCCUUGGCAUGCACCCUCUGAGGAGAGGCCAUGUCUCAGGGGCAGGAGGGCAUGGGGGCAAGGGUGCCCAGCCCCAAGGGUUUGGAGCAAAUGGAGACAGUGAACUUGACCUCUGUGGUGGCACCGGUGGGCACCACUCAGUGCUGCCGUGGGGAUGGAGCAAGAGCUUGGGAGCAUCAUGGGGCAGGGGAAUCCUGCAGCUGCAGGGUUGCUCAGUGCCUUGGCAGCACCUGCAGCCACAGAGGAGUGGGUGCCUGUGCCUUUCCCAAGGGACAUAUUGUGCACCACAGCCCAUGGCUGAGGCAGAGGGCUCAAUGGAAAACUCUGCAGGAGCAGGCGGAGCAGAAGAGCUGUGGCUCAUCACUGAGCACUGGGGUCCUGUGGCAUUUUGUCCCCUGGCAGGGACACUGCAGGCAGGGCUGGUGGUGGCAGGUGCCUCAGAGCAGCCCCAGUCAGGCUUCAGUGCGUGUCCACUGAUUUAAAAAUAAGCUCCAAUGAGGGCUGCUUUUAAUGUUUUAAAAACCAAAUGCAAAAUAAAGGAGGAUUAUCUCUUAAAAAUAAAUAAA